GAAGAAAAUUUUCUUUACAACAAAAACAUUGUUAUUCAAAUUCUUUUAUUUCCUUAAUUAGGAUUGUACUAUCAAAGAAAUAUUUUCGAAAUGGAGUAUACGGUUGAAUUUCUUUUACAAUUCACAAAAUUUGGAUCAACUCUUACAUUAGCUUGGCCAUAUUUGAAUCAAGUUUCAAAAUUCAAACUUUUACUAAACGACAUAUUAUGUUGUCUUUCAUUUAUUUCAUCAAUUUUUUUAUUUAUUCCCUUAUGUAUGUCUGUUUACGAAGAUUGGGCUGAUCGAGUAAUUAUGACAAAAUCUAUUUGUCUUGCCUGCGCUGCAGCACAAGUUGCCAUGAAGAUUCUUGUUUGUAGAAUUCAACGUCAUCGUUUUAAGAUCUUACUUCAAGAGAUGAUAAAAGUUUUAAAAGAAUCGAAUAAAACUGAAAGGAAAGUUAUUGAUUAUUAUGUAAAGAAGCAUUUUGUGUUGAAUUUGUCAUUAUCCUUGUCGGGAUUCUCAACAGCGUUAUUUUUUGCCUUUGGGCCUUUAUUAUUAUCGACACCAUUACCAACUGACGCCAAAUAUCCCUUUUCAAUAAAUUCAAGUUUUUUAAUGGUUAUUAUACAUUUGCAUCAAAGUUAUACUGCUUUCCAAGUUGCAUCAGGAAUGUCAAUCGAUUGUUUGUGUGCUUCUCUGCUUUGGUUUACUGCAGCAAGAUUUAAUAUUUUAGCAGAUGAUUUUCAACGUGUACAAAAUAAAAGUGAUGUCUUUCUGCGGAUACGUCAACAUCAACAUCUACUCAUGAUUAAAUAUAGCUAUGCAAAAAAUUUAAAAAUGGCAAUACGUGGCGUAGUAGUUUCUACAUUGUUUACAGGAGCAACUGGUAUUGUUUUCGCCAGUGUUCUCUUUUUUACUCCGGAGCCAAUAAUGAUUAAAGCUCAAUUCGUUCUUUUCGUUUGUUCUGCUACAUUAAUAGUCUUUUUAAAUGCCUGGCCUGCCGAAUACCUCAUAAUAGCAUCUAACAAAGUAGGAACGGCUGCUUUUCAUUCUUCUUGUAUUGGUUUUCCACCAAAACUUUUAAAAUGUUGGAUUCUCAUUCUUAAAAUGUCACAACAAAGUGUUACAAUAAAUAUUGCAGGCUUACUUCCAACUUUAUCUCUGGCUUAUUUUUUUCAAUUGGUCUCCAAAGUAUUUUCAUAUCUCGCAACAUUAAGAAUUGUUAUAACGAAGGAUUUAAUGUGAUGUAUAUUAAAAGAUUAAAAUUGUUAUCACAGUAUUAAUGUUAUUUAGAAUGAAAUAAUACAAUAUAAACUGUAUACAUAAUUAAUUUCAUUUAUGUAAAAUAGAAUUAUUGUUGUUCAAAUUUAAUUUUAAAGUGUUUAACUUUGUUUCAAUGUUACCAUUAAUAAAUUACUAAUUUGUAAUGUUUUCUUGUCUUUCUAAUUUUUAUUUAAUAACAAUGAAGUC